AUCAGUCAGGGCUGCACUGCAGGCCACACACACCACGCCCUCAUGCUUUCCCUUCCCACAUCCAUCCAUCCAUCCAUCGUCUGUCUUUGACACACAGUCAACUCAACCAACAUAUACACACACAUUACAUUCCUCCACCCACCCCAAGUUUCAUUCAGGUAGAUCUCUCCAUCCGCCGCAUGAAAUGAGGUAGAUCUCUCCAUCCACCACAUGGAUGUCACACAUCCCUGCCAUGGCCAUGCAUCUCUUGCCUCCCUGAUGUGAUGCAGUCACUCACUUUGGCGGAGCUGUCACUUUGACUCACUGUGUCUGUCUGUCAGUCUUCUCUCCCUCCCUUGUACUGCUCGUCUCCGCCUGCCUCUGACCCCUCCCCCUCUCCCUCUCCCCCGACCCUGCCGUCCACCGUCUCUUGACCUCCUUGGUUGAGCUCUUUAUCGUAUAGCUUCUUCCACAGCUUCUUCUCCCUGUCUAGCACCUGCUGCCAUUCGUCCACAUCCAGCUGGCGCAGCUUCUGAAUGGCCUGGUACAGCCGCUCCCAUCUGGAGGGAUCCUCGAACGGCACGUUGAUCGCCAUCAGCUCGAUCUCGUAUAUCAGCACCUGACACAGACAGACAGACAGGCAGACAAUUCAACUUGCGAGUGUGAGUGGAUGGGAUGGAUGCUGUUGGUGGUUUGGUUGCGGGUAGGUUUGCAUGCAUGUCGGUGUUGCUCGGUCGCUCACGCACGUCGGUGUACAUGGUGGGGAAGGCCAUGUCGGGGGGCACAAUCACCUCACGAAUGCCUGCAGGCACAGCACAGCCAAACAGACACACAGUGGAUGGAUGGUGUGCAGUAGACGGCAGGCAGCAAAGCACAGCGUCAAUGCAAUGCCCACCUCCUUCCCUCAUGCCGCGAACCAUGACGUCUAUGGCAGGAAUCACCAGACUGACCACACACCCACACACACCCACACACACACACAGACCCACAUGUGUGCUGAUAUCAAGGACCCAGGAGGACUCCAUCCAUCCAUCGAUCCAUCCUUACCCCUCGCUGUCUCCGAUAACGAAUUUGACGGGUCUUCCCCUCUUGUAGGAGGUGUCGAAGCUCCUGCCGCUCUCCACGCGCCCGUGGUAGUUGACCCGCACCCGCAUCCCCUCCUCCGCAACCCCACCGAACCCGAUCAGCAGAUCGCGCCACAUCAUCCCGCUGCAGUGCACUCAUCCGUCCGUUCAUCCAGUCCACGGCACACAGCAUACAUACAGCAGAGGGAGGGGAUCAGUGGAGUGCAUCCUGUGUGGUCGGCUCGCUCACUGUUCGUCCCGCUGGUAAUCGGGCUUCUUCUUGAAUUUCUUGUUGAGGAAGUCCUCCUUCUUGAUCAACUCGCACAUUGCCACUGGAGGCCGCCACCAGGAACGCCCAGACAAGAACUGCCAUCGGUCCAUCAGCUCCCGCAGAUCUGAGCCGCUGCGAAAACACCUUGGUCGACGGCAUGCUGGGGGAUGCUGUGAGCGCUGGUCUCCAUGCCGCAUCUGGCCUGCACCUGCAUCUGCACAGGAGGCUCCAUCGGCCUGGUUGGCGUCGGUUCGCGGAGAUCUUGGUCGCUGUCUAACAAUCCAG